UUUGCAGCUGCUGAGAUCUGAAGAAAAUGGCUUUGAACGUGAGUGGCUUGGUGGCUCUGAUUGUUUUUUAUGCCAUUACUUUAGCAACUGGGAUAUGGGCUUCCCGGAAGGGCAAGAAGGAGGAAAACACAAAGCCCAGUGAAGUAGCCAUGGUGGGACACAGGAAGAUGAACUUUUGCAUUGGACUGUCCACAGCAACUGCCACAUGGGUUGGAGGCGCAUAUAUUAACGGCACCGCUGAAAUUGUCUAUCUUUCUUCAAGAGGGCUAGUGUGGGUUCAAGCCCCAGCAGGAUUUGCUUUGUCCCUCCUUCUUGGUGGGCUCUUCUUUGUCAAUCCAAUGAGAUCAAAGAAUUACGUGACAAUGAUGGAUCCAAUCCAAGAAGCAUAUGGGAAUGUGAUGGGAAGCCUCCUGUUUCUUCCACCUUUGAUAGCGGACGUAUUCUGGUUUGCAGCUAUCCUUGCUUCUUUAGGAGCAACCAUGAAGGUCAUUUUGGAUAUCCAGGAUUAUUUAGCCAUCAUUCUCUCUGCAUGCACAGUUAUACUCUAUACUUUGUUAGGAGGUCUGUAUUCAGUUGCAUAUACAGAUGUAAUACAACUGGCCUUUAUAACGGUCAGUCUGUGGAUCUGUAUCCCAUUCGCUAUCAUGAACUCUGCAACAGAAAGCAUAUCCUACACUGCUGCCUCCAACUCAUUCCAAGCACCUUGGAUUGGAAAAGUAGAGAUGCAGUAUGUUGGAAGGUGGCUGGAUGACUUCUUAUAUUUGGUUCUGGGGGGUAUCCCGUGGCAAACCUAUUUCCAGCGAGUCCUCUCGGCUUCUUCUUCAAGAGAAGGCAGGCUCAUCUCCUAUCUUUCCGGAGUUGGGUGCUUUGUCAUGGCUAUCCCUUCUGUCCUCAUUGGCGCUGUUGCUGCCUCCACAGACUGGAACCAGACUGACUAUGGCCUACCCAGUCCCAAUGACAGAGGAGAGUCUGCCCUCAUACUUCCAUUAGUUCUCCACCAUCUCUGUCCACUGUAUAUCUCCAUCGGGGGCUUGGGUGCCUUGGCUGCUGCUGUGAUGUCUUCUGGGGAUUCCGCCUUGCUUUCUGCCAGCUCCAUGUUUGCUCACAACAUCUAUAGGAAAGUUCUUCGGACAAAGGCAACAGAGAAUGAUGUACUUUGGGCAAUGAGAGCGUCCAUGGUGGCCUUUGGAGCAGUGUCAGCAGCCCUGGCUUUUUACUCCCAUUCCAUUUAUGACCUUUGGUUUCUUGGGGGAGAGCUAGUGUAUGCCCUCCUCUUUCCCCAGCUAUGCUGCGUCCUCUUCAUUCCCAGCACCAACACCUAUGGUUCAGCUGCUGGGUUCCUGUUUGGGCUCCUGCUGCGCCUACUAGCAGGGGAGCCCUCCCUGAAAAUCCCCCCAGUCAUCCAUUACCCAGGAUGCUUUCUUGUAGAUGGGGCCUACAUUCAGCUGUUCCCAUUUAAGAUAGUCACAAUGCUGGCCACCCUGUUGACAAUAGUCUCAGUUUCAUAUCUGGCAGCCUUUCUGUUUAAGGCAAACAUCCUUCCCAGCAAAUGGGAUGUUUGUAAAAUAAUGAAAGAUGACAGAGUGCUCAUUUCCUUAGCUCAGAAAGAAAAAAGAGAUGAAUGCACAAAAACAGAAGAACUGUGAGCAAAUGGAAGGAAAAUUGCAAUGGUAUAUGAUACAGCCACGAGAGUUUGCAUUUUGACAAAUUUGUAGGGCAGUCCAAUAUCUCAGAGAGGAGGUCAGGUCUCCUGCUCCCCUGGUGCAUUCACUAUAGCUGCCCAAUUUCCCUGCUUUUAAAAGUUUGAUAGAAAUAUCUGUGGGCUAUAGGUAUGUUCUUAAACCGCAAGGUUUUUUGCCUAUUAGUGAAUUAUUAUUAUUAUUAUUUUAAGAGGGCCUUUUCAGUUGUGGCUCCCUGUCUAUGGAAUAUACUCUCCGGCGAGGUCUGCCUGUUACUUUCAUUGACAUCUUUUGGCGCCAUGUGAAGACUUUUUCCCAGGAAGUUGAUAGACUGUGAUGAUGUUGUUUUGUUGUUAGUAUGCUGCCAAAGCUUCCUGUGGCUAUAUGGGGGUUGUUGUUGUUGCUUUAUUGUUUUUUUUUAUAGUGUGUUGUGUUUAUUUUUGUUUUUAAGAAUGUUGUAAGUUGCUUGAAGAUCUUCUGGUAACAAGCAACUAACAAAUCUAAAUCACAUUUCACCUAUGAUCAUAGAUGGUGCAAGCCUCCUUGCACCCAUAGCUCUUUGAGUGAGGCCGUGUUCCAUGCCUUGCACCUUUUUGGAAGUUUGGUUCAUAGUCACAAGAAGCAAGGCCUUCCCUGUUGUGGCACCACUAUUAACAUAUUCCUCCUUUCCCAGUCCCACUGAGUCAAUGUUUGUUUGAACUCUUUCCAGACAACGUGAAGCUGUUCCUGUUCCCAAAAAGCCUUUGAAGCAGUUUAAUCUACUUAUGCAUUUGCUGCGGUUAUGAAUUUGUUGUUCUUUGAUGAUUUAUUGUGUGGAGUGCCUUGAUUGCUUGCUUGCUUUUGUUGAACUUGUAACCCUCCUUCAGUUUAUGUAAUGGAAAAAGUCCAUGCAGACAUAUAUAAAGGACUGUCAACAGUAGGGAGGCUAUGUGUCCUAAUUUAUAGACGACAGUCCUCUAUUUGAAGGUGUCCUCGGUUUGCUGCCAGUUUAAAGAUAAACAACCCUAAGAAGGGAGGGGGGGGCUUGAUGUUGCCCAUCUAGAGUUAGCAUCUGAUAGCAGACUGACCUGGUACACAGGUCACCUGGUUAUAGCCUUCCCUACUACGGAGAGAUGUAAUGGGUGGUAUUCAAUGCUAGUCAUAAAAGUAGACCCAUUGAAUUUAAUAGACGUGACUAACUUAGGUUCAUUAAUUUCAAUGGGUCUACUCUGAGUAGAACUUAGCUGAACACAACCCAUUAUAUUUCUACUUAAAUUAUAAUAAUUUCCA